AUGCCUUCCCGUGGCCUUGGCAUGCCUUGGCUUGCCAAGCCCCGACUUGACUUGCCUUGCCUUGGCCUUGGCAUGCCUUGCCCUACCUUGGCAUGCCUUGCCUCGCAUUGCCUUGCCUUGCCUUGCCAAGCCUUGACAAGCCUUCACUUGCCAAACCUUGACUUGCCUUGUCGUGGCCUUGGCAUGCCUUGCCUUGGCCUUGGCUUUGCUCCCCAUUCAAGGCUUGCACGAAGCCUGUGCGCAUCAUGCACGAAGCCUACGCGCAGCAUGCCGAAAAUAUCGACAGAAUUUUUGAAACCUCGUCAUGCCAUGCCCAAGAUGUGGCCUACACCAAGCUAUUCCAGCCAUGCCUUGCUUCAGCUUUGCCUUGCGUUGCCUUUGCAUGCCGUGCUCAUGGCGUAG